AUGAUCAGAGCAUUGGGGGACCUCUACAGGCGACAGGACUUCAGCAGGCCCCCACUGCUUCCUCCCACAGAGCCUUCCAGCAGUGGAGCCUGCACCCUCAACUCGCAAUUCUUCAGUGUCGCUGGGGACAGUGAAGAAUUCCCAAGCUGUCUGGACACUAGGUCUCUGUUGGGAGGUGACUUGGAAGAUAGUACUCCCUUUCUCCUGGCAACUAGUUCAGACUGCUAUCUGGGGUCCCUGGAGGCCGGAGGUGGUGGCAUCCCCUCUUGUGCCCUGGCGAGAAGCAACUCCCUGGAUGGGGCACAGCUGGGCUUCCUAUUGGUCCCUGAGCAUGAUGCUCAGGAGCUGCAGGACAGCGCCCUUGAGCAGUGGGGCCUGGACAUGGGGGCAAGGCUGUUGGCAUCUUGACUGACUUCCUGGCAUAGAAGGCUUGCUGGACCCCAGGCUUUGGAGGAGGCUGGACAUUAAAGAGGAGGCACCCUGAAAAUGA